GAGGCAGCGCGGCGGUCCCGGCCCCGGCGCGGUUCCGCCGCGCCCCUCCAACCCCGGGGCGGGGCGGGGCGGGGCGGGGCGGGGCGGGGCGCCGGCCCAGCGGUGACAUUGAGGGGCCCGCGCCAGGCAGGGCGGAGGCUGCGCCAUGUGGGCCCGCGCCGAUGGGGCAGUUAAACUGCUGGGAAGAAAUAUUCCCUCAGUUCUGAGGAUGACUAAAGGAACGGAUCUGAAGACAAGCAGAAGGCUUUGCAUUAAACCCCAGGAAGAAAGUCAACUUCAGCCAAGAAGUCGGUCUCAUUUGAGGGUGCCUGGACACAAGCCUACAGACUGGGAGAAAAGAUUUUUGUUGUGGGCAGGCCAUUUCAAAAAAGCAGAGGAUAUACCAGAGACUGUCUCGAUUGAAACAAUAAGAGCAGCAAAGACCACACUGCGUGUGAAGUUCAGCUAUGUAAUGAUUGUUUUGACAAUAUUGGGAUGCAUAGUCAUGGUGAUUAGAGGGAAGCAGGCUGUAAAAAGGCAUGAAUCUCUUACAAGCAUGAACUUGGAGAAGAAAGCUCAAUGGAGAGAGGAAGCUACUCAGAGUACAUCUGCUAAACCUUAGAGGAGGAGACAGAGAGACCAAGGACUGGGGAAGAAAAGCUGAUGUCCUUUCCAGCACUGGAAGGAGAAUGUAAUCACAUCUGUCCUGUAUGUGUGUUCUGUACUCUUAUGUUCAAGGAAGAAUGAAUACAUUAUCCUGUAAUCAUUAAAAACCUGUUUUCUUUUCCUAACAA